CAUCAACAGUUCAGAGUCAACAGUCUUCUAGGCAACAUCAAGAAAUAUGCAGAGCAGCAGCAUUCUCAUUCUGGCCGUGGUGGCCAUCAGUGCUUGUGUGGAGGCCAUGCCCCAACGCUUCCAAACUCUGCCCUAUUAUCCACCACCAAGGCAACCUCAGCCUCCUAUUCGAGUGCGUCGUCAGGUGCUGGGCGGUUCCCUGGCCUCAAAUCCUGCAGGAGGCGCUGACGCCAAGUUGGCUCUUAGCAAGGGCAUUGGAAGCCCAGACCACAAUGUGAUUGGACAAGUCUUUGCUGCAGGCAACACUCAGAAGGGUCCUGUUACCACUGGUGGAUCGUUGGCCUAUAACAAUCACGGACAUGGCUUCGAUCUGACCAAGACCCACACUCCCGGUGUCCAGGACAGCUUCACUCAGUCCGCCCAUGCCAAUCUCUUCAACAAUGGCAGACACAACCUGGAUGCCAAGGUUUUCGCCUCCCAGAAUAAGCUCGCUAAUGGCUUUGAGUUCCAGCGCAAUGGAGCUGGACUGGAUUACUCCCAUAUUAAUGGUCAUGGUGCCAGUCUGACGCACUCGAACAUUCCCGGCAUUGGCAAGCAAUUGGGUCUGGAUACUCGUGCUAAUCUCUGGUCCUCCCAGGAUCGCAAUACUCGCCUUGACUUGACUGGAAAUGCCUCAAAGUGGACAAGCGGUCCUUUCAGUGGCCAGACCAACUUUGGCGGCGGAUUGGGACUUAGUCACCAUUUCGGUUAAAAUGAUCAACUGAAAAUUAACUCUAUCUCUAUUUAUUGUAAUUAUUUAAAAUAUUUCGAAAUAUUUUAAAGUAACCAUUUGAAUCAAGUCUUUAUAUAUGUUUUCUGGACGCACUAUAGAAAAUUGAUUAUUUUUCUAAAAAAUUAUUCAUUUUUGAACACCCGCCCUUUAAAAUGCAAUCGUUACAUUUUCAAUGCGAAUGGCAUUUUUACAGUGGUAGGUUUAAGACAAUCGAAACUAUAUAAUGAAUGAACAGAAUUUUUACAGUGAAGCCGUUAACACUUUGCUCUAUUUAAAAUUAUGUUUAU